CCCACGCCUCCUCCCAAACAUCUUCUAAAAUUAUCCCUGUUUUACAUUGUUCUUGUUCUGCUAUUAUAUAUUUUAAUACGUUUCGGCACUUGGUAGCCUUGCAUUGUCCAUCACCACCCUCAACAUCAAGCAUGCAAGGCCUGGAAGCUGCGCUUUCGCACUCAAUCAGACCUAGCUAACAACUGCCAGCUACCAUUCAAGAUGACUGUCAACUUCCUCGAUAAGGAGACGAACGACCGGCUCAUCGCUGCCAUCAUUGCGGCUACCGACAACAAGGUCACCACGAAGGAGAUCUCCCGCAUGUACGGCGACUCCGUCAAGUUCAACGCCAUGGAGUGGUAUCUUCGCAAGAUCAGGCACAAGGCUAUCGAGAUGAAGGCUGAGGCUGAUGGACUUGCACCCCCGGCGCCUAAACCGGCAAAGAAGGGCACGGGUAGGAAGAAGAACAGCGAUGGAGUCAAGACAGGACGUGUCACGAAGAAGAAGGCUCUGUCUGCGAAGGUCAAGAGUGAGGCUCUCGUCGAAGAUGACAUGCUUCUUGACCCCGUUUCCAGCAAUGAUAACGACUUUGGUUCGGGCGACGAUGCUGCUGAGGAGUAUGUCUGAGUAGCCCCGGGGUUCCUUAGAACAACUUGCGCAACGAUUGUUUAUCGAAGACGGAAGUUCGCGCAUGCCUGAUGUCCGGUUUGAAGGACGCUAUGAUACACGGGAUCGGGAAUUCGCGGUUGUAUCCGAGUCGGCUCAUGACCUCUGGUUUCAUCGAUGAGUAGAAGCCGCGAGUUUACGGCUUCUUUGACAAGGCGAACGGAGUUCUUGGUUUAAUAUGCCUAGUCUCGGACUCACCUGGUUAAUCUGACUGGUGGUCCAAGUCCUCAAUGCUUUUUACAUACAAAAGGAAGCUUUGGAAGAAUGAAGAACCACAUAAUGAAAUAUCCUGGAAGCGUUCAGCUGUGAUUAGCAAUCUCACUCAACAACCCUUCAUGAUCGACAACCAAGUACUGCUUUGAGUGUCUGUAAGCGCAGGUCCUAUCGCUUAAACAUGAAGUACGGCUCG